UAAAUAUGAUAUCUUGUUUGCCUGAAAAUCAGUAUAGCGAAAUCGCUUUUGCAGUGAAGUAAAAAUCUACAAAACCAUGAAGUCUUUACUAUUUAUCGCUGUAGUUGUUCUCAUUCAAAUGGCUGGCAGUGAACGUCACCAUCCUCGUCCAGAGUUUUUUGAAUGUGCUGAAGAAGCCGGAAUAGCAAAAGAGUUAUUGAAAGAGGGUUUUAAUGCCAAUAAAGAUAGGCCGGAAUUCAAAUGCUUUAGCGCAUGUAUUAUGAAGAAGAGAGGUCUGUUGGAAUCAGGAAAUAAGAUCAAUCUGGAUAAAAUGAAAGAAAACAGAUCACCCAAAUUUGCAGAUAAAGCAGCCGAAAUCGACGAAGCCGAACAAGAGUGUGCUGAGAAAGUCGCAGGUAUUGAGGAUGAGUGUGAUUUCGUUAACGCAUAUAAGGAAUGCAUGCAAAAUAAGGUAUUAAAACAAUAAGACCUAUGAAGAGGGCCUUUCGGAAUAGGAAAAAAAAUGUAUGACAAGAAUUAUUUUCGGCAAAAGAAAGAUGUUGACUUUGAUAAAUAAAUCUGUUUAAUUCUUGUUAUUAAAAAUAUAUAUAAAGAAUAUUUAAAUCUUCA